UGGGGCUAUGUGGACCACAAGGGGUUAUGUGGUCCAAGACGGGGUAAUGUGGUCCACAUAUUGCCAUUUGUUGGGGGAAAGCUUUCCUUGCCAAAUUUUUUGUUUUUUUAUUAUUCCCAAGGUGUCUUCUGAUAAUCGCUGUUACGAAUGUAAUGUGAGUUGUUUCAUUCUAGGAAAAUUUUUUUUUUUUUGUUUCAGAUGAUUUCAGUGAUAUUUGAGAACUAAUUGCUAAGACCUGCAGCUGCCUCAGUUGUCAACCGAGAAUAUCGAGGUUUCUACACCAUAUCAAGAUGGUGCGUUCAUACAAGAGGAAGAGGCCGGAUGCUGCUCCCAAUUACAGUGAAGAAGACAUGGCGAGGGCGAUCGUGGCUGUCAAUGAGGGAGCCACUUUUGUGCAAGUAGCGAAAACCUACGAGGUCCCCAAGACCACUCUUAUCCGUCGCUAUAAGGGCAAAAUACGAUCCCCUUACAAGUUUGGUCACAAAUGUGCUUUGCUACGAAACGAGGAAUUUGCAAUUGCGCAAAACCUGGCUGCGCUGGGAGAUUUUGGCAUGGCGUUUGAUGGCGAAAAACUUAGGGAUUUCGUCAAAGAAUACCUGGAUAGCAAGGCGCGGCAGGUUGAUGUCUUCAAGGACAACCGACCAGGUGUUGAUUGGUUAUCUGGAUUCUUGAAGAGGAAUAAGAACAUACUGACCACCAGGAUAUGCCAAAACGUUAGUCGUAAGCGGGCAGCAGUUUCGGAGGCCACGGUAUCUGAUUACUUCAACAAUCUGCAAAGAAGCCUGGAAGGAGUUGCACCUGCAAGCAUAAUCAACUAUGAUGAAACAAAUGUGACCGACGACCCUAAAGGAAAACUGCAGAUUUUCAGACGUGGUGCUAAACAUGCAGAACGGAUUAUGAAUGUUACCAAAAGUUCUACAUCCAUCAUGUUUGCUGUUACUGCAAGUGGCUCUAGUCUGAGCCCUUAUGUUGUGUACAAAGCCGAGCGCCUCCAGCAGUCUUGGAUUGAAGGAGGACCCAUAGACGCUGUAUAUAACAGAAGUAAAUCAGGAUGGUUCGAUGCAGAGAUCUUCAUUGAUUGGUUCCACAAGGUGGCACUCCAAUAUUUCAAGACAAUGCCACAUGACGAGCCCAAAGUCCUCAUUGGUGACAACUUGCCAUCCCAUAUGAACCACAAAUUGGUACCACUGUGUGAGCAGCAUAACAUCAGAAUGGUUUUCCUGCCUCCUAAUGCAACACACCUUCUGCAGCCAUUAGAUGUUGCUGUUUUUGGGCCCCUCAAGAGGCACUGGAGAAAUGUGCUGACUGUUUGGAAGUUAGAUGCAGGAAAGACACAAACAACCCUGCCAAAAUGGAUCUUUCCACAGCUGCUACUGCAACUAAUGGACAGAAUGGAGCCCCACUGGGAGCCUUUAGCAAAGGCAGGUUUCAAGGCAUGCGGAAUUCAUCCUUUCAAUCCAGAACACGUGCUUACAAAGAUAAGGAGAGAACCAACCAGCCAACACCAAGAAGAUCGUCCGGACUUUGUCAGCCCAACUCUGCUCGAGUACCUUCAGAGAAAUAGGGAGAGCACCUACAGAGCACGAGGUCGAGGUCGUGGUCGUGGUCGACUUAAUGUGGAACCAGGACAGUCAAUCACUUUACGAGACUUGGUAGAAGCUGGUACUUCGAGUUCAGGUACAACUGAAGGAUCCGCCCCGCAGCAAGGAAGAGCAAAACGUCAACUGGACUUCUUAUCAGACGACACUGAGACAGACACUGAAGAGGAAAGAUUUGACAAUGUGGAAGAAGAGGCAGUUGAUGAAAUGGAGGAAGAGAUGGAUGAAAUGGUUGGUGAAAUGGAGGAAGAAAUGGAUGAAGUGGUGGUUGCAGAUUAUGUUCUGGUGAAAUUCUUGGGAGAUGGAACAAAGAAACAGCAGCCAGUGCACUAUGUUGGAAAAGUAGUUGAGAAACUGGAUGAUGGCUGCUGGGAUGUCUCUUACUAUAGGAAAUCAGAUGUCCCUGUCGCGAAGGAUAGGAAGUAUGAGGACAUGUUUGCUUUCAAGAAACCUGAUAGAGCAGACAUUUUUCCAACAGAACGCAAAGACAUAGUAGUAAAACUGCAGCUAAAGGAUACUACAAAGAGACUAAUAUUGUUCAGCAAAUCUAGCUUUGCAGGUCUUUUAGUUAGGUAGGUACCUAGGUAAAAGUUGGAGUCGGAUGCCUAUGACUACUAUCCUAGGAGUCGGAGUCAAAAUAUUUUUGCUAAAUCACCUUAUCUAACCUAACCUUUUUGUUUUUUCUUUAUAUUAUGUUAUUUGCUAUAAAUGGUAGCCUGUAUUAUGUGAACAAACCUGUUUAAAGAUGUUUAUCCUUAGGUAGGAGGCAAACAUUAAAGGUGGUCCACAUAGCCCCAUUGACAUUGUAGGAAAAUGUUUUUUCUUAUGUUAUAUUUUUUGAUAAAGGAUUUACAAUAUCAAAACUUGUGAUAUAUGUACAUGUAGCUAGAUGUUUCAUCUAUAUUUUGCCAUGCAGUAAAACUUAUUCAAUGUUCAAUGAUUUUCUCUAUAACACUUAGCAACCCAAAAAACA